AUGGUUACAACAAAGCAUGGGCGGGGUACAGCCCAAAGUACCCCGUUGGCCUCCUCAUCCGCCUACGACAAAAAGAAGGAUGGGAAACCUGGUGGAACCACUAUUCAUGAAAAUGAAACCUAUGACGGCCAUAAACGACCUGAUAAAAAGUGGAGAAACCAGUUUACGGGUGAUCGAGUUAGGGUCGCGACAUGGAAUGUUGGGAGUAUGACGGGAAGAGCGGGAGAAGUCGUCGAUGUAUUGCACAGAAGACAUAUAGAUGUGUGCUGCAUACAGGAGACUAGAUGGAAAGGAAAUGGGACCAGAAUGAUUGGCAAGACUAGCGAAAAGUAUAAAUUCUUUUGGCAAGGAGGUAAUGAUGGUAAGGCUGGAGUUGUGGUAUUGGUUGCGGAGAAAUUGGUAGACAAAGUAGUCGAAGUGAGAAGGCUAGACAACCAGAUAAUGGUUAUCAAGAUGAUUAUUGGUAGAAAGCUAUAUAAUAUGAUCUCGGCAUAUGUUCCUCAGGUUGGAAGAAGUGAAGAAGAGAAAGAUGUAUUUUGGGACAGUCUAUUGGGGGUGACAUCGGGACUGGCAAAUGAAGAGGGGAUUAUCCUGGCUGGCGAUCUGAAUGGACAUGUGGGAGCGAGUAGUGAGGGUUAUGAAGGAGUACAUGGAGGGUUCAGUUACGGCAUGAGAAAUUUGGAAGGAGAGAGGAUUUUAGAAUUUAGUGAUGCUAUGGAUAUGAUUGUUUGUAAUACAAUGUUUAAGAAAGAAUCAGAGAAGCUGAUGACUUAUAAGUCGGUGAUACCGGGAGAGGAAUGUAUAAAUCAGCAUCGACUAGUUGUAGGAGAUCUCACUCUUAAAGGUGCCAGGGUCACUAAAAGAAAGUUUGUCCCAAGGCUGAAGGUUUGGAAAUUGAAGGAGGAGAAUGCUAGACGUCAAUUCAAUAAGUCAUUGGCGAUUAGGGAGGCGGAGGUGGCACAAGCAUCUGGGGUGAAUGACAAGUGGGAAGCCAUGAAGAAAGCUUGGGUAAUGACAACUGAGGAGGUAUGUGGAUGGACAAAAGGGCCGCCUAGACAUAAGGAGACUUGGUGGUGGAGCCCGGAGGUAGCGAAAGCCGUGGAUGAGAAACGGAGGUGUUUCAAAGUAUGGUAUAAUAGCAAAGAAAAUAGUGAUAAUGAUAUUUACAAGAUGGCUAAAAGAAAUGCUAAGAAAUUAAUAGCGAAGGCUCAAGAAGAAAAAAGACACGAGUUUGCUAAAGAAAUGGAAUGCGCUGAUGGAAUUGGAAAUAUGGUUAGAAUGGCAAAACAGAUGUCAAAAAAGAGGCAGGAUGUGAUAGGUGUAAAGUGUUUGAAAAAUAUGGAAGUAAAAAUGACGAUUGAUAGUAGUGGUAUUAAGAACACCUGGAAGAUUUACAUGAAAGGACUUUUGAAUGAAGAAAAUGAAUGGAAUAAUAAUAUUAGUUAUGCAAAGGUAGAAGGUCCAGGGUGUAAAUUUGGCAAGGACGAGAUAGGAGAGCAGUGA